AGGUCUGAGAUAUCUCCUUGCAGGACCAAUUAUUCCUCGAUUGCGCUGAAUCCUCCGAAUAUCGGUGGAUUGCAAUCCGUUGGGAACGACGUCCCCAUCCUCCGAGCUCAAUUGUGGCGGUUGAAUUACUUGCGACGCAUCCCACCGUGCUCCGAACUACCCGGCACAUGUCAGAAUAUAGCCAGCGCCUCUCCUGAAUUCGCUCGGAUUUCCUUCGUCGAUCGGGUCUUCCGUUUGCAGAAACAAUCCUAUGAGCCGGGCAUCCUUCCAGUCCUCCGUCGUUGACCUCGCCAUCCUCCGACCGAUACAAUAGACUCCGAUCGCGUUGAUAGAUUGUGAAUUGGCAUUGGAUAACAUUCUAGUCGCAUCGAAGAAUCCCUUCGCACAAGAUGACGUCUGCUCCGACACCAGAAAUGACGCCUGCCGAGGCCGAGUCGGUCUACUUCAACAACUACCCUCCGCCCAAGUCCCUCCCAAAACAUGAAGCCCUCGUGCGGGCUUUUGUCGACUACCAUGUCCAAGCGAACCGGCGCCUUGUUCUGGUGACAUCAGGAGGCACCACAGUUCCUCUUGAGAACCAGACCGUUCGCUUCAUUGACAACUUCAGUGCGGGCACGCGCGGUGCCGUGUCGGCAGAAUACUUUCUUCAGGAGGGGUAUGCGGUGAUUUUCCUGCAUCGGCAAUUUAGUCUGCUUCCGUAUUCGCGGCACUACAGUCACUCGACAAAUUGCUUCUUGGAUUUUAUGGACGAAGAGGAAGUUGGGCCGACGGAGGACGGGUCAGAUCAUCGGCCGAUCAAGGUGCGCAGUGAGUACCAGGACGAAAUGCGGGAUGUGUUGCGAAAGUACCGGUAUGCGAAGCGCAACAACCUCCUGCUGCUACUUCCGUUUACCACCGUCUCCGAGUAUCUGUUUGAAUUACGGUCGCUGGCCCAGCUGAUGAAGCCUUUGGGACCUAAUGCGCUGUUCUACCUGGCCGCGGCCGUGAGCGACUUUUUCAUUCCAAACGAUCGGAUGUCGGAGCACAAGAUCCAGUCGUCGGAGUUGCCGGACCAUUUGACGCAGGACGAGGCGACCGGGUCGUCGGACAUCUACACGGGCGGGAUUGAGCCGCAACCGCCGUCGCGUAGCAAGAAACUCAUCAUUGAUUUGGACCCGGUGCCCAAAUUUCUGCAUCGGUUAGUGAAUGGGUGGGCGCCAGAUGGCAGUAUGAUUGUGUCGUUUAAACUUGAAACGGACCCCAACCUGCUAGUGUACAAGGCGCAGACGGCCCUCCAGCGGUACGCGCACCACCUGGUGAUUGGGAACCUGUUGACGACGCGCAAAUGGGAGGUGGUGUUUGUGACCCCGGACCCCCCGCACGAGUGUUGGAUCCGGGUGCCGAAGUCGCGGCGCAGCAAAAGCAUUUCGGGCAGUGAGGCGCAGGUUGGCCUGGCGGAGGCCAAGCGGGCGGGCGAGUCGGCCCAGGAACCCAGUGGGGGCGAGCAGAGGCCGGAUGAGAGCCUCACGGCGGAGGGGGUUGAGAUCGAGAGUCUGAUCAUCCCGGAAUUGGUCCAGUUGCAUUCGAACAGGAUUGCGAAACAUCAGGCCAAGUCGUAG